UGCAUGCACUACCACCCUCACCAGAUACUUUUUCUCUUGGCCUUUUCUGCCCCUCUUUCUCUUGCUCAACAUUUUCCAACCAAAUUAAUUAAAACCAAACUUAGGCACCACUUCUUGGAAUGACAAAUAAGAUAUUUCUUGCCCUUCUUUUCCUAGGCUAUGUGGUUGCGGUCUCUGCUGGUAACUUCAACCAAGACUUUGAGAUAACUUGGGGUGAUGGUCGUGCCAAAAUCCUCAACAAUGGAGAACUUCUCACUCUGUCCCUAGACAAGGCCUCUGGCUCUGGAUUUCGUUCCAGGAAUGAAUACUUGUUUGGAAAAAUUGACAUGCAGCUAAAGCUCGUUCCUGGUAACUCUGCAGGCACAGUCACAGCUUAUUAUCUAUCUUCUCUUGGAAAUGUUCAUGAUGAAAUAGAUUUUGAAUUUCUGGGCAACUUGAGUGGUGAUCCUUAUAUUCUUCAUACAAAUGUAUUCACACAAGGGAAAGGUAACAGGGAACAACAGUUCUAUCUGUGGUUCGACCCCACCAAAGACUUCCACACAUAUUCCAUUCUUUGGAAUCCUCAGAGCAUCAUAUUCUCUGUGGAUGGGACACCCAUAAGGGAAUUCAAGAAUCUUGAAUCAAAAGGGGUUUCUUUUCCCAAAAACCAAGCCAUGAGGAUAUAUUCAAGCCUUUGGAAUGCUGAUGACUGGGCCACAAGAGGAGGUUUAGUGAAAACUGAUUGGAGUCAAGCCCCAUUCACAGCCUCUUACAGGAACUUCAAUGCUCAAGCAUGUGUUUGGACUUCUUCUUCAGGCUCAUCUUGUUCAUCUAACAAUCCAUCAUCAAACCAAUCAUGGAUGAAGCAAUCAAUGGAUGCAACAGGGCAAGCCAGAAUUCAGUGGGUGCAAAAGAACUACAUGAUAUACAACUACUGCACAGAUACCAAGCGAUUCCCACAAGGUCUUCCUCCUGAAUGCACAAUCGCAUGAGAACGAAGCUAACCCUCUCACACCUCGCGAGUUCAAUUUUUUUUUCAUGUUUGUGUAAAUUAGUAAAAACACUGUUGGGUCCUCUGGUUUAUACUUCAAUCUGCAUCCUAUUGUCUGUGAAAUAGUGUGCAAAUGAGAUUCGUUGUAAUUUUGGUUAUAAUAAAUUUGUUGGAGAGUUAUAGAUUAAAAGAAUAAAUUAAGGUUGAUUUUCAUUA